CACAUACAGAAACAGAUUGUUUAGUGGCGUUCAACCGUUAAAAUUAAAUUUUAGCAUCGCGAAAGUUUCGGACACGUUAUUAAAUCUCAUUGAUAUGUAUUGAUAGAGAUUUUAGAUUGUUUGUUUGGUAAAUGGCUUUUCAACCACCUAACACCGGCCAAGAGCGCCAGAAUAGGAAGAUUCUAGAACAGUUAGAAGAGCAAAAGAAAAGAUUGAGAAUGCAAACACAACCUGGAGUACCACCAUCCACUGUCAGCAGCCCUAGUAUUGCAACUAGUCCAGUUAUACCUCCAAUACCAGCGCAGCAACCAGCUACUGCAGGUGUUCCACCAAUGGUGCAUCCUGAUACUCAGGCCAUGAGUCCAGCACAGAGGGCAGCUUUACAACAUGCUAAUGCCAAUUCAGUGGGAUAUUUCAUCACACAAGAUUCAUCGUUCGGGAAUCUCAUCUUACCAGUACUACCUAGAUUUGACGGAGCAAGGACGUAACAUAUAAUCUGUACUUCCAAAGUGUUUGGCUAAAAGAAGUGCUUCUCUGCGAAAAAGCGAAGUCUCAGAAUUUACAAAUGUUCUGAAACAGUGGGGAAAAUCAUUGAACAGAAAUAGUUUGCACUAUCUUAAAAAAGUAUAAAGAUUUGGACACAAUUUUAACAGAAGACACAAAUACAUGUACAUGAAUUUAUGAAAUUUAUGAAAAAAAAAAUCAUACUUACCCUUAAGUUUCUUAAAUGGACUUGUCCAGCUUUCACUUUUGGAACUGUCUAUUACUGUCCCAAUUUUGGGGACAUUAAGAUGAAAAUUUGAAGGUGUUCAGCCAAACAGUAUAGUAAUUUGCUAACAUAUUGUCUGUUGUUUUUCUUGUUUACGUUGGCAUUUGUCCAUUUGUUUGAAACAUUUGAAGCAAUGUGAGAACUAUGGUAGGGGGAUAAGUAUCACACCUUUCAAAGAAGAAAAUUCUGUUGCUCCAACGGAAUUAAAUCCAUUAGAAUUUUAUAAAUAAUUCAAUUCAAUAUCUUUAUUGCAUUAAACAUUUUACAAUGCUUAUAAACAGUGAUACUAGCAUUUAUUUGUUUCCUUCCUGUAAUAUUUAGGUCUAUAUUCACCAAUUUUUCAUUGUUUUGAACUAAUCCAGGUCAUGAUAUUCUGAAAGUGUCAUACAUGUAGUAUUACUGUCUUGAAUGUUUACCCAGAAAAAAGUUUUGAAAUUCUGAAAUCUAUAGCACUGUGUGAAUGGCAUAACAUGCCUAAACAAUUUAAUUCAUGUAAUAUCGGAGCUAUAUUUAUGUAAUAUACAUGUAAGUCUCUGAUAUAUUCUGGCAAAUACUGGUGAUAUUGAGGCAGCAUGCCUGCAAAUUUUAAAGUUUUGAGUUAAUUUGUGCAUGAUUUGUGAAAUGCUGUAUUUUGUACUGUUUCAUUAUAUUAUGUGUUUCUGUUUCCCAAACUUUUUUUUAAAAAGAAAGCAUUCUUGAUCAUUAAGUUAAAUAAGAAGAAAUCAUUGACCCAAUUUAUUACCUUGUACUUAUCAGUAAUUUUUAUUUGUGAGAUGUAGUGAAAGGUUGAUGUUAAACAUAUUUGGUUAUCGCUUUUUUUAUUGACUAUAAGUAAAAAUUCUUACUUAUUGUGUGUGAUGAAUUAAAGGUCAGCAGCAUUUGGUCUGUUAUAUCUUCUUACAAUAUCUUGAAGGAUCACUGAGUAUAUAUAGUUAAUAUGGUCCAUUAAUUUUAAAGUGCAAUAAAAAUUAAAAAGCA